AUGGCUGAGCUUGAGAACAUACAAAACCUUCGUGAAAACUUCAAGAAACAUAAUAAAUCUUGUUUUAUCCUUGGUGCAUAAGGAGCAACUGGCAAAGAGUUGUUAAAAGAAAUUUUGAAACAGCAAUUGUUUUCUAAUGUCAUCAUCAUAGGACGUAGAAAACUGACUUUUGAAGAAGUGGCAUAUCAAAAUGUGAAUCAACAGGUGGUAGACUUGGAAAAACUGGAUGAAUAUUCUGCAUCAUUUCAAGGUCAUGAUGUUGGAUUCUGUUGUCUUGGUACCACAAAAGCAAAGGGAGGAGCAGAUGGAUUUGUUCGCGUUGAUCAAGAUUAUGUUUGCAUGUCAGCAGAGUCGGCAAAAGCUGGUGGUUGUAAACACUUCCUCUUGGUAUCUAGCAAUGGAGCUGAUAAGUACAGUAUUUUUUUUAUUUUAAAAAUCAAGGGUGAAGCAGAAGUUAAAAUUGAAGAACUUAACUUCGAUCGCUGCACUAUAUUUAAACCUGCAUUGAUUUUAUGUGACAGAGAAGAGUCACGUCCAUUAGAAUGGUGUGCUAGAAAAAUUCAGGGUUGCCUCUCUCAUGCGAUGUCUAUUACUGCACUUUCUGUGCCCGUGUCCACAUUAGCAAGAGCUAUGGUGAACAAUGCAGUAAUCCCGAGUGACAAGAAGGUGGAGCUGUUAGAGAACAAGGAUAUCCACAGAAUUGGAAACCAAGAUGAAACAAAAACCAGCUAACUGGUGUGAUGUUAUCAGAUAUUGUGCACUUCUGUCCCUCCCUAGCAGCAUCAUCAAUUCCUAUUUCAGGAUCUGGAAAAAGCUUGCAAUGCAGUAAAAUUUUCUUAAACAUUUGUGGUUUCUUCCUCCUGCCCCAGGAUUAUGAAAUAGUAAUCCAUUACAUUGUAAAUCAUGCUGUACCAUGCAAAUCCUUUUAUAAGGAUUAUGAGAUUGUGACAAUGAUAGGAGUCGUUUUUCAAGAUGUAUUGAAUGAAAAUGAUACUUUUGCUGCAGAAUUUUUUAAUAUGAUUUUCAUCCAGCACAUUACAUGCAUUGAUCCAAAUGAACAGGUGCCUUACAUUUAUUAAAUAGUAUUUUAAUAUAUGUAAUAAGAAAAAGAGGUUUCAGUUACAAGACUGUGUGGCACAUUCAGUGCGUUAUUCUCAGAACUGAACAUUAGCAAAGGGUGUGCAACGGAGCAAAGACUAUGCAAUCAGUGACCCUUUGCCCCUUCAGUGGGAGAGAAUUUCAGUAUAACACAAAGAAGCUGCUGUUACUAGUUUUGCUGCUGUCAGCCAGGGACCGUUUGGAGAAUGGUUGCUGUCGAAUCUGUGCCAGUGAUUAUGUUAUUGACUAAGUGUAGAGGGAAAAAUAAUUUAUCUAAUGAUUUUAAGUCAUUUGUUUAUUGCAACUAAGCCUUGCUGCAUAAAGUUGGAACCAUUUGGCUUGCCAAGGGUUCUUGUGUAGAUUAAUUAACAAGAAAAUAUAUAUUUGUGCAAGGAGUUCAUACUGUUUCCUAGUCUUAGGGAUUCCUUAUUUACAUUAUAUUGGAGAAACCCUAUAGAAAAAAAUCUUUAUCAGUAACAAUGGUUGAUUUUGAUAAACAAUGUUUGAAGAGUCGCUAUUAAUCUGAUAUACCUCAAAAUUUUUAUAAUCAGAGAUGGGUCCAAAGGAGACCUUCUAAAAUAAUCAACCCCCUUCAAACUUCACUGGGGUUGUGUUUUUGAUGUUAAAUUAAAAUUUCCAGAUUCAAACCUAUGGUUUUGGUACUGGGUCAGAUCUAAAACUUAAGAGGCCAAUGUUCUGGUUUCAAUGUCACAAAAUCCUCUGACUUCUUCACAGGUGAUUUUUAACCCAAGAUAGUAGAAAUUUAGAGUGACUUUUGUGAUUCUGGGGCUGAGUAAUUUGAACAAAAAGCCUACUCAGAAUCUAAUCUGGAUCCAAAUGUGGGUUGUUUUUUUUUAAAAUCUAAUCUAUCCAUGUAUAAACUGUUCUCAGUCACUGCUAUUGUAUUUGAGCCCCUUCUUUGCUUAAAAUAGGAAUAGGAAAGAGAAGAAGAAAGCCAGGUUUUGGAGGGGAUACUACAAUUCCCUGGGUCAGAUUCUGUUUUCAGUUACACCCCUGUAGAUCUAGCAUAAUGCCACUGAGAGCAGUGGAGUUGCUCUGGAUUUACUGUGCUGUAACUGAGAUCAGUAUCUGACUGGGACGCAAUGUGCUGCUAAUUAGAAUUUGGGCCACUAGCUCAAAUACUUGAAUCACAAAAAGUAGUGCUGGUGUUCCCUCUGCUGGUUGUACAAUGGCAAAUAACUAAUAAGCACUGUCCCCAGGGCACUUGACAUCUAUAAUUAUGCUGAUAACAGUCAUCACCCAACAUCUUUGCUAUCUCAAAUGAAUUGUUUCUGAAACAAACAUGAUGCAUUCUAGUUUGAUUUGAAAGAUUAGAUAGGAGUUGCUGGGAAGGGAAACCAUGUUUGUCGGUGGAAUACAAAUAGGGGAAAGACCAGAAUUAGCAGAAAGGAAUUUGCUUUGACCUUCUCAGAGGGUACUACAACUACCCCAGUUAUACAAGAAUUAAAGGAAAUUAAAAGGAAAUACAUGACCGUAUCUUUCUAUAUGAAAACCAAAGCCCUAAACCUGCAUUACUUUAUACUGGGCUUGAACCUGUUUAUAUGUCACACCAAAAAAUCAGUAUGGAUCCCUCUGGAGCUGUGCCAGUUUAACCAGGUUACAGUGCUUAGCCGACAUUACCAGUGCCGGAGGGGUGCUCAGCAAGUGCUUAUUGUUGCACAUACGAGGAUGUGUCACAGUCAAACAGCAUAGCUGGAUUUAAAGGGGAGGCCAGAUAAUUUCAUGGACUAUAUUAACAUUGAUAAUUAUGUAAACUAAAUGGAGAAAUCAACUCAGGUGUUGGAGGGCAUACACUGAUCACUUCAGGGGGCAGGAAAGAUUCCAGCUCCUCCACCUCCCCUCUGUAUGCUUCAUUGCACAAUCGGAGCUUGAUCCAAUUCCUAUUCAAGUCAAUGGAAAGACACCAGUUAGCUUCACUGGGAGAUGGAUUGAUUUUCAGUCAGGCAUAGAGUCAAUCAGAAUAGUAGACUUGUUGGCCAUUGGUCUGACCUGGUAUGACACAGCUUAUUUUCCUUGAUGGUGGCCCUCACACUUUAUAUCCAUCAGUAUUUAAUGUUGAAAAUUAAAAUAAUUUUGAAAGCUAUUGUACCUUUUGAAUGAAAAUGAAGGAUCUUUGUUACAAUAAAUAGUAAAAAGCAGGUGCCAAACUUUGAAACAGAUGAUUUUUCUGCCUUUUUAGAUAUUUAAUUUCUUUUUAACUAGUCACAUUGACACUCAUCUUUGAUAAGAAAGGGUGAAUCACUUUGCUUUAAUUUCCUUUAAGAAAUAAUUUAAAUCCAAAAAUGGUAACUAGCAAUAUGUUAAGUGCCUGAUUGUAUUAUUCUCUCUAAAUUCUUAGCAAUAAGAUAAGUAGUAAUAGUAAUAAUUACUACCUCAGCUUGUGUAAACUGGAGUAGUUCCAUUGACUUCAGUGAUGCUAUAUUGAUUUACAUCAGCUGAGGACCUGGUCCUUUAUCUCCCUCUUUCUCUGUCACAGAUCUACAUACAUAUGUAUUUGAUGCCAUAAAUUUACACAAUGCUUUUCAAACAUAUAGUAAGAUGCAAUCUGUGUCCCAAGCAGUUUACAAUCCACAUAUACACGUGAUAUAUACAGUCAACUGA